AUGCUUGGACCUGCUUUUAGAUCAUUGAUAACGUUUCCACUCAAAAGUAAAGUCAGUUUUCUUAUUUCUACCGCUGUUUUAACUACCGCAGGAUCUUCCCUUUAUCGUCAAUAUCAAUUGAGAAAUUUUAAUAUGGCUAGCCAAGUCCCUCAAUCUCCAUUAAACUGGAACCAUACUCCGGAAUUGAUUCUAUCCGAAACUGAUCGAUUGAUCAAGGAGGGUCGUGCUUUGGAUGAUUUAAUUGGCUCCAUUAAAUUGCAGGAUGCUACCAUUGGCAGUGUCAUUAAGCCAUACGCAGAUCUCGAGAAUAGACAGGCCGCCUUAAUCAACCAAUUAUCCUUCUAUCAGCAUGUCUCUCCUUCGAAGGAGAUUAGAGACUCUUCCAACAAAUCUGAUGCCAAAUUUAGAGCCUUUUCUAUUGAGUCCGGUCUUAGAGAAGACGUUUACAAAGUUAUCCAUAAAGUCUACGAAGAUGUCAAGAAGGAUCCAAGUUUAGUUAAGGACGAUCCUGAGACUCUUAGAUUUAUAGAAAAGAUCGACCGACAGUACAAGCGUAACGGUUUGGGGUUGCCAGCUGAGACGAGAUCUAAGGUGAAAGAGUUGCAGCAGAAGUUGUCAACACUCUCGUUGGACUUUUCCAAGAACUUGGGAGAGAAUACAGAGUAUAUCUUAUUCACUGAGAAACAAUUGGAAGGUGUUCCUAAAGAUGUGGUUAACCAGUUUGAGAAGGUUGAAGACAAGUACAAAAUGACUUUUAAGUACCCGGAUUUAUUUCCCGUUUUGAAGUAUGCCAAAGAUCCGAAGACCAGAGAGGCUGCAUUUGUUGGUGAUCAAAACAAGGCCCCUGAGAAUGCCGACAUCUUGAUCGAAGCCGUCAAAUUGCGUGCACAGUUAGCCCAGUUGUUGGAAUACAAGGACUUUUCCGAGUAUAUUCUUGAUGACAGAAUGGCUAAGACUCCCAAAACAGUGAUGAACUUUUUGACCGAUUUGAAGACUAAGUUGAGACCUCUAGGUGAAAAUGAGUUGAAGUCUUUAAAAUCCUUGAAGGAAAGAGAUUACAAAGAGCGAGCUCUUCAAUAUGACGGCAGGUACUACGUUUGGGACCAUCGUUUCUAUCAUACGAUGAUGUUGGAAAAGGAUUAUAAAGUGGAUGAAGCAACCAUUGCCGAGUAUUUCCCAAUGCAGCACACCAUUGAGCAGAUGCUUUCCAUUUACGAGAUUAUUUUCAACUUGAAGUUUGUUGAGAUUUCAAAGGAGAAUAAGUUGUACAAUACAUGGCACGAAGAGGUGAAGCAAUUUGCUGUUUGGAAGCUGGACAACAAGGAGAAACCAGAGUUCGCCGGCUAUAUAUACUUUGACUUGCAUAGUAGACCUGGCAAGUAUGGUCAUGCUGCAAACUUUGGUUUGUCCCCCGGUUACACAGAUAUUCAAACUGGUAAAAGGGUUUAUCCAUCAACAUCUUUGGUUUGUAAUUUCACCAAGGACACAAAGAACAAACCUGCAUUGCUUAAGCAUGAUGAGGUGGUCACUUUCUUCCAUGAACUAGGCCAUGGCAUCCACGAUCUGCUUGGUAAAACCAAGUUCUCCAGAUUCAGUGGUACCGCAGUUCAUUGGGACUUUGUCGAGAUGCCCUCCCAAUUCUUGGAGAACUUCUGUUGGGAUAAAGGUAUUUUGAAGAAGCUUUCUUCUCAUUAUCUCACCCAGAAGUCUCUUCCUGACGAUUUGAUUCAGUCCUUAAUUCGUUCGAAGAAUGUCAAUGGUGCUUUAUUCAACCUCAGACAGCUCCAUUUCGGUCUCUUUGAUAUGGCAUUGCAUACCUCUGUUGACGGAAAAGUCGACAUGUACAAGUUAUGGAAUGACAUGAGAGAAGAGAUUGCUUUAGUGGACAAUGGGGGGGUUGUCACCAAGGGUUUUGGAAGUUUCGGACACUUGAUGGGGGGUUAUGCUUCCGGUUAUUAUGGUUAUUUAUGGUCCUUGGCUUUUGCUCAGGACAUCUACUACACCAAGUUUAAGGCCGAUCCUUUGAAUGUCAAGAGUGGCUUGGAAUACAGAGAUAAGAUUUUGUGCAGAGGUGGAUCUGGUGAAGAAAUGGAUUAUUUGGUCGAUUUGCUAGGCAGAAAGCCGAAUUCCGAAGCCUUCUUGAAAGAGCUCGGUAUUAGUGACUAG